AGUAGCAGACGGGCGGGAAGGACGGCUUGCGUGCCGAGAGUCCUGCUCGCGGUCCGUCUCCUCCAUCUCAGAGCCAGGUCCUUCCUUCAGGCGGGGCGGCCUCCCGCGUCAGCCCCCUUUUGGGGAGGAAAGGAAGGAAGGAAGUAGGGAGGGGCGGAAAGAACAGAAGCGCAGAGAGGAGCUUCUUCUGUGCUGGGGCGGAGGGGCUGAGCGCGGCGGCAACUCCUCGCGGGAACAAAGAGGCGCGAAAGCGCGAGGGCUGAGGGGAAAGGGGGCACUCCUCGUCUCGCGCCAACGGCCACGGAGAUGAAAGAAGAGUGAAGAGGCAUGGAUAUAACAUGAGUUGCUUAACAUGUUCAGAAAGAAUAUGAAUUAUUUCUCAGUUAACUAGAUAAAAUGGAUGAGUCGGUCUUAUUGGAUCUGUUAGAGUGUCCUGUCUGUUUAGAACGUCUGGAUGCUUCUGCAAAAGUCUUGCCUUGUCAACAUACAUUUUGUAAACGAUGUCUCUUGGGCAUUGUGAGUUCACGCAAUGAGCUUCGUUGUCCUGAAUGCAGGACGUUAGUAGACUGCAGUGUUGAUGAACUUCCUAGUAAUAUUUUGCUCGUUCGACUACUAGAUGGCAUCAAACAAAGGCCUCGGAAAUCUAUUAAUUUAAUGACUUGCACAAAUUCAUUAAGGGCCCAAACUAGCACUAUUGUUAACUGCAUUCCAAAAGAUCUCCAGAGUUCUCAAAGUGUCCAGCAACAGAGAGUACAAGCACGAAGUCCGCCUGUUAGGGGUGUACCUCAGUUACCUUGUGCCAAAGCAUUAUAUAACUACGAGGGGAAAGAGCCUGGAGAUCUUAAAUUCAGCAAAGGUGACAUCAUCAUAUUACGUCGGCAAGUUGAUGAAAAUUGGUAUCAUGGAGAAGUUAAUGGUAUCCAUGGAUUUUUUCCUACCAAUUUUGUCCAGAUAAUUAAACCAUUACCUCAACCUCCACCUCAGUGCAAAGCACUUUAUGACUUUGAAGUUAAAGACAAGGAAGCUGACAAGGAUUGUUUACCCUUUUCAAAGGAUGAUAUUCUGACUGUGAUUCGCCGAGUAGAUGAAAAUUGGGCUGAAGGAAUGUUGGCUGACAAAAUUGGAAUAUUUCCUAUUUCAUAUGUUGAGUUUAACUCAACAGCAAAACAACUUAUUGAACUGGACAAACCCUCAGUGUCUACAGUAGAUUCUGGAGAAGGCACCUCUGGCACAUCCCAUAGCAAUUCAGUGCAAAAGCACACUGAUACAAAGAAGAACACCAAAAAACGCCAUUCUUUUACCUCCCUUACCAUGUCCAAUAAGGCUUCACAGUCUUCUCAGAAUCGUCACUCAAUGGAAAUCAGCCCUCCUGUCCUCAUCAGCUCCAGUAAUCCAACUGCUGCAGCACGAAUAACUGAGCUUACGGGCCUUUCUUGCAGUGCACCUUCUCAGGUUCACAUUAGUACCACAGGACUAAUUGUGACCCCACCACCCAGUAGUCCAGUAACAACAGGACCUUCAUUUACCUUUCCACCUGAAGUCACUUAUCAAGCUGCUUUUGCUGUAAGUAUGCUAUUCAAGGAAAUAUUUACUCUUCAGGACAUUGCAGGAUUGUCUACUAUUUUAUGCUGUAGUAUUAAUCCACCUCUACCACCACCACCACCACCUGUCUUGUCUGCUACAAUAAUUGCCCCAAAUUCUACGUGCCUGCCUUCAGGGGCAGCUCAAAAGUCAACAUCUGCAUUGACUGAGCAAAUAUCACAUUUGAGACCACAGACAAGACCAAGUGUGUAUAUUGCUAUUUAUCCAUACACUCCUAGAAAAGAAGAUGAACUGGAACUGAGAAAAGGUGAAAUGUUUUUGGUGUUUGAGCGUUGUCAGGAUGGCUGGUUUAAAGGAACUUCCAUGCAUACCAGCAAAAUUGGUGUAUUCCCUGGGAAUUAUGUGGCACCAGUUACAAGGGCAAUGACAAGUGCCUCCCAAGCAAAAAUACCUGUAUCUACUGCUGGCCAGACAGGACGAGUGGUGACCAUGGUCAAUGCUUCCACUGCUGGAGGAACAGUGCAAAAGCUUCAGGGAAAUGGUGUGACAGUGAAUUCUAGUACAAUACCAACAGCUGUAGUCUCUGCAGCACACAUACAAACGAGUCCACAAUCCAAGAUCCUUAUGCAUAUGUCUAGUCAAAUGACAGUGAAUCAAGCUCGCAAUGCAGUUAGAACAGUUGCAAUUCAUAGCCAAGAAAGACCGACAGCCACUGUAACACCAAUUCAGACUCAAAAUUCAGCAUGCCUUAUUCCUGCUGUAAUUAUUCCACACCAUUCUGUUGCCUCCCAACAGCUACAACCUCAGUUUUCCAAUGCUGCUGCUUAUAUCACAGCUGUAAAUAUCAACCGGACAAAUGUCCCAUUGGCUUGCACAACUUCUUCAUUAAACUCUCCUAGCACUUCUGUAUCAGUAGAUGGAGAUUCAAGUGGGAAAAUUGUGACUGUUCACACUGGAGCUCCAGCUUCCCCAGAGAAUACAUUGGCUGCUGGAGGUAUUACUACUAUGAGUAAAACAGACAGAGAUGGAAAGAAAGAAAAAAAGGGGUUAUUGAAGUUACUUUCAGGAGCAUCUACUAAGCGUAAACUUAGAGCAUCACCACCAUCAUCACCAACUCUGGAAGUUGAGUCGGCAGCUACAGAACUGUCCCUUCAGGGUGCUGUAGGGCCAGAGGUCCCAUCAACUUCUAGUCAGGGAAGAGCAGACUCCUGCCCCAUGGACAGUGAAACACCUACAUCUGUGCCGGAAAGUACUCACCGCAAAACAAGUUCUGUGGAUUCUAAUAUUCCUAUAGCUCCCCCUCCAAGGCAGCCCUGCUCGUCAUUGGGUCCAGUGUCAAAUGAAUCCAGAUCCGUAGUCUAUGAACGAUACAGAGUAGUGGUAUCCUAUCCUCCUCAGAGCGAAGCUGAACUUGAACUUAAAGAAGGAGAUGUUGUUUUUGUACAUAAAAAGCGUGAAGAUGGCUGGUUCAAAGGCACAUUGCAGCGAAAUGGAAAAACUGGCCUUUUCCCUGGAAGCUUUGUGGAGAGUAUCUAAGAAAACUAAUUUCAAAUAUUUCAACUCUUACAGCACUAUUAAAUAGCACAAAUAUUUUACAAGAGAGAUUGCAGCCAUGGAAGGCUGUAGUAUAAACAAAUUUAUAUUUAUGUUUUUCAGUACCCUACAGCACAAUUCUGCCAGCAAAGAAGACUGAAAUAGUUGCUUUUUUUAUCAUUUUGAAUUCUUGAGUGUAACGUGUGCCUUGUAAUGUCUGAUUUAUCUUCAGAGAAUUUUUAAAGUAUAUAUAUAAAUCAUAAAAGCUCAUUGUUUACAAGGCUGUAACUAAUUUAUUCAUUUUUCUAAACUUGAAUUCUGUUUAAUAGCUAAAGUUUGGUGAUUAUGAUUAACAAGUUAUUUAUAAAAUAAGGAGAAGCUGGAUUCUUUUCUUACAAAAAGGCAUAGUGUCAGAUAGAUGGCUUUUUCCAACUGCGUGUGACAGUGAAGUGAGUUUGUUUUAUGGGUUAAUGUUGGCUGUAAUGAUGUAGUGUCAAAUUGAACCAUGCACACUGGGAUAAAAUGACAUUGUGGAUUUGUUUUAUUUUGGGUGAGAAACUAUCUGUCAAUAGCAAGUCUUAAUGUCUCAGAUAGAAACAUUUCUGAUGAAACAUUUCUAAAAGGCAAUGAUACAGCUGUGCAGCAUUGUUAACAUUUUCAAAGUGAGAAUGAAAUAUAGAAAAUAUGCCAGAAAUUGGGAAUAUCAAAUUUCACUAGCAUCUGUUUGUCAAGUAUUUUUGGAUAUCUGCAAAAUUUUGCUUUGUAGAUUUGGCUAGUUCUUUGAGCACAUAGCAUAUAGAAUAUAAAUGAGUUAAAAUAGGUUUACUGCAAAACACUUGGAAGAAUGGAAAAUAAUAGUGAUAAUUGAUAGGAUCAAAAUUUAAAUUCAAGUUGCACUCAGUGUCUAAAUAUGCCAAGAAAUGUUUGCUUCUUUACCUUUUCAAAGUGAUUUGCAUGGCUGAGAGACAAUUUACCUUGUUUGAGCAAUAGUGGGUAUAAGUAGUACACUUGUGUUUUCAAAGUAAAGGCUGUAAGAACACUGUGACAUUUUUGCUAAUUUUGUAACUAUUGCUACUUUCAUAUGUCUUGAGUUGUCAGUGUCUUGCAUGUAUUAUCACAUUCAUACAGGUAUACAAAACAGUGCAUGACUGACUUAUAGAUUUUAUUACACUGUACUGUUAUGAUGAACUGGAUGUUAAAGCAACCAGUUACCUGCUAGUAUGGAAGCCACUGACCAAAAACUAGUGAGUGAUUGGGUACUAACUGUAUAAAGAAUAUUCUCACUAUUCUGUAUAAUUCCAGCCAUGGAUAUUUUAAAGCAUAAGUGAUUUGGGGAGCAUAUCUUCUACUUAAUUUCAGGCAUUGAACAAGUUUCAAACAUUCAGUUUCCCCUCUCUUAAUAUUUUUGCACUCUUAGUUUGGAAAUAAACUUUGUAAGGAAGGGAAGCUGCCAUAUAACUCCUUUUUUUUUAUCCUCUGCCGAAUAGAACAGCUUGCUCAGAAGCUAUUUCAUCAUAAAACACUGUACAUUGGUAAUAUUCAUCAGCCUUCCAGGGCAUUGGCCUUUGGGAUAUUUUUUCGCAUAUUCAAGACCAAAUCCUAAAAUAGGGGGAAGGGGAAGAAUGAUGGUAUUCUGAUGAUUUAAGGCUUGUGUUACAUCUCUCUCUUCUGAUAAAAUAUUAAAAAGUUAGAACUUCUUUUAACCUAGAAUCUGAUGAGGUGGGGUAGUAGAAAUCUCUUACUCUCCAGUGUCUGCUGAUUUUUCUGGCCAUUAUUCUGCCUUUCAAGUUAGUGGGGGAAGAGACCUAAUAGAGAGGAGCAUAUUAGCAAGAUUUUAAAAAAAACACAAACUUCUUUUGACACUUGUGAAGUCUUUUGAUGCCUUCCCAAAUUGAAUUCUAUUGGAAGAGAUGGAAUUGAAAUAGAUUUUCCUUUAAACCCAUCCUCCAACUUUUGAAGCAGUUUCCUAGGAAGAAAAGGCAAGAGUAAAAAAUAUAUAUAAUUUUCCUUUCCCCCUUAUAUUUAUCUUUGCCUCUGAUCACUCCAAAAAAUAUCAAAUCUUAUGGACUUAGUUGCUAGGAACAGAGUGAGUUUAUAAUAGUCACACUGGACCCUUUAGUGGACUUGGAACUUAUCAGUUAUAUAUUCUGUACAUGAAUCCUGUCAGGAAAAUACAAUUACUUCAAGAUUAUUGGAUAUUCAAGCUAUUAUUACUAUUAUUAUCAGUCAGAUGUCCCAUAAUAUAUGUACAAGAUUGUCUUUAUACCGUUGCUUGACAAUGGCAAUCUUGUUACAUUUAUCUCGCCUAAUUUCUGUAUGAGAGUUAGCUUACUUUGGCAGAUCUCCUCUUCUUUAAGCAUAUGAUAGGAAGAAAUUCAGUAGGCAAUUACCUUGACAUAGAUACACUGCCAGUGGGAAAGAUUGAUCUGUAAAUUUCUGCCUGUUAUGCAGCUGCUAGAGGCUAAGAAUUCUGUUACCAAAAAAGUGGGUAACCUUAAUCUUGGCACCUUCUCCUUAAUAACCAGGAUGUGUGAGUUUUAAAAAAGUCUUGUUCCUUUCAAGAAUGAAACUUGUUUGAUAUUAAUUAAAGGAAAUGCAUGCUGUAUUAAGGUGAAAAAUGCAAAUUAGUUGAUGAAUAACUAAUGAUUUUCAUAUAGAAUACAAAUGAUUUUUUAAAUUUAUAAAUGGGGAGGAAAUAAUUACUAGCUGAAGGCGUUUCUUCCAAUAUCAAGUAGUUUCAUCAUCAUUUUAAUAUAUUGAAAAUGAAAACAUUCCUUAAAUGAUACACUGAACAAUUCAAUUUCUUGUGGAAUUUAAAAAGCUUGGUUUACUUGAAUGUUCAUAUGAUGUACAAACUAUUUGAAAUGAAUUUUAAUAAGGAAAUGCUGGCAUCAACUUUCAUCAGCACAUAUUGACACUUAUGUGUCAAUCUUAUUUUCAUGUAUUAGUAGAUUUAUAUGUGAGAGACUACUACAGAGAAUCUUCUCCAUAUGGUAGCAUACUUGUGUGACACAGGUACCUCUAUUCAUAAGAUUUUAUUAUAUAAUGUCUAUCAAAAAUAUAAAUUAAUAUGAUAGUGUUCUUACAAUAUAAUACAUUUUCUAAUAACUUUUUAAGAAAAUGGAUCAUCUUUUAUUUUAAGGGCUUGUUAUAUAUGGUACAACAAUUUUGAACAAUGCUGUUUUCAUGUCUUGUGACCUUUAAAAAGUUUGUGGGAGUUGGGUUGGUUUUUUGGGUUGUGUGUAAUUGAGUUUAUGAACAAAAAAGCCUUUACACUCAUUUUGGAGUACUUUCUUAAAGAAAUUCUGUGGAAAAUUUUAAUGUCUAUAUUUGAGGUCCAGUGGAUGUUACAUGUUUUUAUCUGUUAAAUUUCAUUCCUAAUAAAUAUUUUCUUAGCA